UGUGCAAAAAAUUGGUCGUCCUUUUCAUGAAAAAACGAUUAGCAGAAAUGAUCAAUUUAUAAUAAAUAAGAUAUGCAAACUCGUACCUAACUGCACCUAACCCGCGAGUAUUGCACGUUUUACACAUUACUUGAAAUUUUAUUUGAAAUUACUUGAAAUUUUGUUGACUCUUUUUCCAAAAAAUAGCAUUGUGGCGACCUGCAAAUAAUUCUACUGAUUACGAAUAUCUUAAUUCCGAUUUUAAUAUAAUUUUCUCUGUAUUUUAGUUGUAAUAAAGUGAUUGCGAAUCCAUAGUUCGCAGCCAGCCAGCAGAGGUCAGCCAUGAUGAAGUGUUGUUCCCUUUGUCGAUGUAAAGGUUAAAUUUGAUUCACGUGUUUUCAAGUUUUAUAUUAUAUGAUUAAUUAAGUCAUAAUAAAUAAAUUCAAAAUAAAAAUGGAAGAACAAAGAAAACGAGUGGAAGAUCACAUGACAAAAAUAGUUGAGGAAAUUGAUAAAACAUAUUUACGAAGAAUGCAGAGAGACAUGCAUAGAUGUGCUGCACAAUGUUAUUCAUUAUUUUUUUGUCUCUUGUUAUUCGGGUAUAAUAUAUAUAAUAUAUAUAAUAUUUUUCAGAAUCGUUUACAAAGGUGCAUAAUGGAGUGUAAUGAUAAUGUAAAAGACAAAAUGGGGCCAAACCCGACUCAAAUUACAGUAGACAGGUACAGCGAAGAGUUUGAGAAAUGUGCUACUAAGUGUGUGGAUUCUUACUGCGAGUUACUACCAACCAUGGAAAAAACUAUGAAGAUUUUCUUCACUAAAAAUGCAUUUGUUUAAUAUUUUUCUUAGUUUGAAAAUAAAUAUUGACUUUUUCACACUC